AUGCCGAGAUUCAGUGAACUAAAAGUUGAGCAAUUGCGGCAGAAAUUGCGUGAAUUAGGGUUAUCCGCUGCCGGCAAUAAAGCGCAACUUGUGGAAAAACUAUGUGAACAUUUUAAUGAAGAACGCUUUGCGAGUGCUACCUAUCAUAGUGCGCUAUUCAAUGAAAGUAAGGAAGUAGGAAAUUCCUUUGAACAUACGCGUGAUGAAGAAAGGCCACUGAGUAGCUCGUCUCCGGUUACAGUGACGGUGCCUUCACCUUCAUAUACGCGUGUGACCACAACGGCAAAUGGUGCAACGUUCACGGCACCUUUGAAAACGGAUGCAUAUGGAGGUAAUUGGGGAGCCAAUGAUGGCAUCUCGCAGCCGACAUAUUAUGGUGACGCAGCGCCGAUCUACCCAGUUACUUUGCCCAACGUUCACGGGCAGCCGAAGGUAUAUGUGUCAUCAGCCGACGCCAAUGGUCGAACUAAUGUAAGUACAGUACAGUACAGUAGUGUACCAACCGUGGCACAUACAUACACAAACAACGCUAUGUUUUGUGUUCAAAGCCAACCACCGAUCCAAAAUUUACCUGCUAGCGCAGACAGCAGACACGUUCAUUGGGGUGCGCAAACGAUAAUGUCGCAGCCGACGUUCUCUGCUGACAGUACAGUCAUGGCGGAUCAAAAACGAAACGACGUAGUACAAAACGAGCUUCGGUAUAGCUACAGCACGAACAGGCAACAACAUGUCGAAAUGCCUAACGUAAUCGGUAGAAACGAAAUUUUAAACGGCAACGGUCAACAUUUUCGUUGGAAAAAUCAAACACCGAUCCAAUAUACAAUACAACAAACGAAUGUAAGAAGCAAUGAAAUACGAAAUAAUGUAAUGCCAACAUUACAAGAACGAAUGCUGCCACAUGAAGUGUGUAGAAAUGUAAACAAUGAAAUGAAUACUAAUAAAUCAGUAUUUUUUGGUGACGUUCGCGAUAUUAUUGCAAUUUUGCCUACGUACGAUCCGAGUAAAAAGAAUUUAACCUCUGAACAAUUUGUGAAACGUGUUGAACAACUACGAAAUGUGUAUAAUUGGAACGAUAAAAUAUUGUUGUAUGCAGUGCAAACAAAACUUGAAGGCGUAGCAAAAAUGUGGAUAGAUGCCAGUGCGGAAAUUUUUCUAAAUUGGUCACAUUUUGCUAAUGAAUUUUUGAACGAGUUUCCAUGUUUUGUAAAUGCUGCUGACGUUCAUAUGGAACUAAUGAAUAUGAAAAGAAAUUAUAGUGAAAGUGCCGAAUCUUUUUACUAUAGAGUUUUAGCGACGGGUCGACGCGGUAAUAUUGACGAUGCAUCUAUAAUAAAAUACAUGGUAAACGGAAUGAAUGACGUUGAUCUAAAGAGAAGUAUUUCGGUUAAUAAUUACAGUACGUGUAAUGAACUUUUACGGGCGAUUAUUAAUUAUUGCAAAUAUAAUACGGUGAAAACGUCAAAUUGGGUAAAGCGCGUUGAAGAGCCAACUCAUUCCAGUGCAAAGAAAGAUAAUCAAACGAAAAAAACUAUUUGUUAUAAUUGUAAUAAUCCCGGACACUUUUCGCGAAAUUAUUCUGAGCCGCAAAAACGUGAACGAUGCACAAAGUGUUUGAAGGUGGGUCAUUCCACGAAUAAUUGCAAAACGACGGUAGCAAAGACAAAUUGCAAUUCGGUCCACAAAGUUGAGAAUGAUUUUACCAUUAAAGAAAUCGAAGUAAAUGGUUUAAAAACUAAUGCGUUCGUGGAUACGGGUAGUUGUCGUACGUUGAUUAGAAAAUCUUUGGCGUGUAAAAUUGGACAAUUGGAAAACUGUUGUAUAACAUUGAAGGGUUUCGGAGGAGCGUCAUACGAGUGUACUUCGAAACUUAAUGUUGCGUUGAAUAUAGACGGUAAUGUGUGUAACACAGAAAUGUUAGUGGUAGACGAUAAUAUGAUUGAUUAUCCGGUGCUACUUGGUAUUAACGUAAUACAUGGUAACGAUAAACAUUUUGUGUUCAAAGGAAAUCAAAUGUGGGUUAUUGAAAAACCGAAUAACGAAAUAUUGAAACUUGAAGAUGGUGAAUUUGGUGAUUUGAGCAAGAUGUUGCAAAAAUAUAAACAGUGUUUUACAAACGAAAUGGGUACAGUAGGUAAAACAAGUAUAGUGAAAAUGAAUAUAGUGUUAUCGUCAGAUACCCCUGUUAAUGUGAAACCCUAUAGACUUCCGUUCGCGCGCCGGUCGAUUGUAAAGAACAUUAUCGAAGACUUAUUGAAAUGCGAAAUAAUCCGUCCAUCGAGUUCUCCGUACGCGUCUCCAAUCGUGCUUGUUGAGAAAAAGGAUAACAGCUUCCGAAUGUGUGUUGAUUAUCGUCAAUUGAAUAAGAUUACUGUAAAACAGCCGUACCCGAUGCCGAUUAUCGAUGAGCUCUUUGCUCAGUUGUCGGGUAAUAACUUCUUUACCACGUUGGAUUUUAAAAUGGGUUACCACCAAAUUGAAGUGAGUGAGUGUUCGAAGAGAUACACCGCGUUUGUGACCACCGAAGGUCAUUACGAAUACAAUCGUAUGCCGUUUGGGUUAGUGAAUGCCCCUGCCGUGUUUCAAGAAACUAUGAACAAACUUGUUAAAUCAUGUGAAUCGAAAAACAUUAUUGCGUAUCUGGAUGAUGUAAUUAUUCCCAGUCAAUCGGUAAAAGAGGGUAUACGGAAACUUGACAAUUUUUUGUGUGUUGUUAAAGAAAACGGUCUAACUUUACGAUUAGAUAAAUGCGAAUUUUUGAAAGAUGAGAUUGACUUUCUUGGACAUAAAAUAUCACGUGACGGUAUAAAACCGGGUGAAAGAAAAGUUCAAGCGAUAAAGCACUUUAGGAUACCCACAACACAGACUGAAGUGAGGAGAUUUCUCGGGUUAACCGGAUUUUUUAGGAAAUUCGUGGAGAAUUAUUCAUUAAUUGCACGACCGUUAACGAAAUUAACAACGAAAGUGUGUAAAGAACAGUUUGAAUGGGGCGAGUGUCAACAGAAAGCAUUUGCCACUUUAAUUGAUAGACUCUGUAACUCACCAGUGCUAGUUUUAUACGAUUUUAAUGCUCAACAUCAAGUACACACUGAUGCAAGCAGUGUAGGUAUCGCAGCAGUCUUGUUACAAGCAAAAUGUGAAGGUGACAAGUGGCAAGCAGUUAUGUAUUUUAGUCGUCACUGUACACCUGCAGAAUCGAGUUAUCAUAGCUAUGAACUCGAAGUAUUGGCAGUUGUGGAAGCAUUGCAGCGGUUUCGCAUAUACUUAUUAGGCAAAUCGUUUAAAAUUUUCACUGAUUGUUCUGCGAUUUCAUCUCUGAAAGCUAAAACCCCACCAAUACCACGUAUCUCGAGUCCGUCUAAUGGAAUACGACGCUGA